UAUACUGAACUCAGAACACCAACAACAGCAAUCACAAUUUUUGGCUUUUUAAGCGCUACACCUCAAAGCUUAAACCAAAUUUUCCCUUCCCAAAAAUGCCCGGACUUGCAGUUGGAACGCCUGCCGAAUUCGGCCAACCCGAUGCUCUCAGGGCGGGUCUCGCUGAGUUCAUCUCAAUGCUUAUUUUCGUUUUUGCCGGUGAAGGAUCCGGCAUGGCCUUCAACAAGCUGACUGACGAUGCCUCAACAACACCUGCUGGUCUAGUAGCAGCUGCAGUUGCUCAUGCCUUUGCACUGUUCGUGGCAGUUGCAGUUGGUGCUAACAUUUCCGGUGGACAUGUGAACCCCGCUGUUACAUUCGGUGCCUUCGUUGGUGGCCACAUUACCCUUGUCAGGAGUGUUGUGUACUGGGUUGCCCAGUGCCUCGGAUCCGUCGUUGCUUGCUUGCUUCUCAAGUUCGCAACCGGUGGACUGACAACGUCUGCUUUCUCUCUUUCAUCCGGUGUUAGUGCAUGGAACGCACUUGUUUUUGAGAUUGUGAUGACCUUCGGUUUGGUGUACACCGUGUACGCCACAGCCGUCGACCCAAAGAAGGGAAACAUUGGAAUCAUUGCACCCAUUGCAAUUGGUUUCAUUGUUGGCGCAAACAUCUUGGCCGGUGGUGCUUUUGAUGGUGCAUCAAUGAACCCUGCCGUUUCCUUCGGCCCAGCAGUUGUUAGCUGGACAUGGGACAACCACUGGGUGUACUGGCUCGGCCCAUUCAUCGGUUCCGCCAUUGCUGCCGUCGUCUACUCCAUCUUCUUCAUUGCUCCAAGCACACAUGAGCCUCUCCCAAGCACAGACUUUUAAGAAAUGAGUCUGUUUCAUGCCAAAAAAUUGAGUUGAAAGUUGGGGUGGAUCUAUUUGGUUUCGAUUUGUUGGUGGUUUGCUGUUUGUUUGUAUGUGAGGCUUUGUUAAUUUGUCCAAUUAAUCCUGUGAACUAGUCUUGUUUUUGUUCAAUAUUUUUCUUCCUUAAAUUUGUAAUGUUUUAGGUAGACAUGACGGUUUUACUUUAAAUAAUUAGCGUCAGCAGCUGCCACACAUUACAUUCAA